GUAAUCCAUACGCUUCCGAGUUGGCCGGUGGCAAGAACCCAAAUGCCGAAAUCGCCAGCCAGCCAGCCAAACCACAUUAUACUUACCAAGAUAACUCUGAAAGCCAAUCAGGGAGUGUCUUGGAAAACAAGUUGGCACGCAAUAAACCUGUGAUCUGAGAGUAUAUAUGCAGCCCCAUGUGAAAGCAAGGCAGAGGCUUAUCGCGGUGAGCAAGAUAGGAUGCAACUGGAUUCAUUAGGGACGUAUAGCUUUGAUUGCUGCAGAUUUGAAACCAUAGACUGUAUGCGUAGAUUUGAUUGUUUGUAUGAGUACACAGAGGGUAUGUGUCUCUAUUUGUGACGUUUGGCCAUGUUUAUCUCGCUCCGUCAUUGCCAACAGAGGUACAAGGUUUCAGGCGUGUCAGUGUACUGGAACUCUUGUACUCUUCACUACUUCCAUCUACCUCACUGACACACACAUCCCCGCUCCAGAUUGCUGUGCUACUGUAAAGUACAUGUACGCGCCUUACCAUAUAUUAUAGAUAUUCUUACGAUACGAAGCUCUUCAUUCGAUAUCGCAGGACACUAAAGUGUAUACUUCAUCGUAGCUCUGGUACAAACCCCUACACUCACAUACGGAGUAAUCGAUUAGAGCGCUCUACGUGGGCCACCCACCAAUGGAGUCGCUUCACCCUCGCCAAGUCUCAGGCCCCGACAACACUGGGUCCGAUCCCCGACCACUGGGGCAACGUCCAAAUGCCACUAUCGAGCUGGACGACCUGACCAGAAGCACGAGCAGUGUCACAACAGACAUCACGAAGAACAUCCCCACGCCAUUUGGACCGAUACCUCCGAUGUCCAGCAUGGUAAACAGGGAGAUGGAGGAGACCCCAGCGCAGCCGCCAGUCGCUGUAGCGCCACAAGAACCAGCACCAACAACCACCUUGAGCGAGGCCCAGGAAGCGAUGCAGUCGUCAGAGGACUCUACUGCCAUUGACGGCGAGGAGAAGAGCAAGGAGGUCAUCAGCAGUUCGGCGCCAUUGUCUCUGGGUUCAAACACGGGCGAGACGGCGGCGGAUGAGGGACAACCGCUGGCCAGCACCGUAUCGCCUUCAACGGAUGUGGCGAAUCCGGUCUGCAAUAUCAUGCUUCUCCUUACGUCUGGGGCACGACAUGGAUACAGAGUAGACGAGCGGUAUCUACUGAAGCGGCAAAUGACCAUCCCGGGUGUUACGGAGACCGGCAAGAAGGACCCAUACAGCAUCAGCGUAAUUAUGCUGAAAGAGCUGAUCCUGAAGGAGUGGAGGGAAGAAUGGGAUGCUAAGCCUACGAGCCCGAGCAGUAUCCGUUUGAUUUAUUUUGGACGGUUGUUGAAUGACAAUGUGGCGCUGAAAGAGUGCAGAUUCAACGAGACUGCGACGAAUGUUGUACAUAUGACGGUACGUCCUCAGGACAUAGUGGAUGAGGAGGAGACAGAGCGGAAGAGGGCCGAAGCCAGACAGCACGAACGGCCGGAACCAACGCCUGGGUGUGGACGCUGUGUCAUUCUAUGAGACGUUACGACGAACCAGGAAUUUAAUCCGACAUGCGAGCAUUUAAUGCGAUAUAACGACACCAUACGACGGAGGAUUUUGCCUCUCCAUUCUCCCUAGUUCUGCUUUGGCCCCCACGCGGAUGUGAGGAGGCAAUGGCAGAUUCUUUAUACCACGGGGCUGGGGAUGAUACAUGGAUGGGCUGUACAGGCGUUCGGGUUCCCGAUUAGCGGACACAUAUGACACCGCAGGAUUGUUUUCUUCAGCAUCAUAGGGCGCCGUCACUUCGUUUAGCACUGGCAGGGGAACUGUUUUUCAUUUGGUUCUGAAAUUGUACAGGUAUGGGAGGGCAGAGAGGUCCAUGGGGUGUUACAAAGGCACAGCGAAUGAAUUAUUCAAUGGAUCGUGUUCCAUAUGAUAGACAAGCGGG